AUGAGCAUCACCCAUUUCAAGGCGGACAACUUUUUGUUGAGGCAUAACAAUGUAGAGUGGACCGAAACGGGUCCGGACGGGAAGAAGGAGACGAAAAGUAAGACUUCUGGAAAAUCAUUGACCCCAAUGCAACGACGACUACUUUUUCUAGCCCUGCUGGGUAUUGUGGCGCCAAAUGAUUCAUCUUCCUCCUCAAGUGUCUCCACAACUACUUCUAAAGAUUGUGGCCUUCCAGACGAAUUUUUGACGUUACCAGAAUAUGCUCAAAAAGAACUGGAAGCGGUUUGGGGCGCCUACACCCAAGGCGACUGCGAAGCCGAGAAGCAAAAAACCAAAGACAUCCUCGACAUUGUACGACAAUUUGGCGAAGAAUUUGGACCGGAAGCCAAGCCAAAAGGAGGCAAGAAGGGUGAAAAGCCGACAGAACCUAAGCCCGAAAGCACCAGCCAAGCACCCGAGCUGACCACGGUUGAAAAAGAAGAGCCCGCAGCUUCCACUGGCACACCCAGCACUACUGUGGCACCUGAAAUCACGUCAGAAGUGCCGGAUGGGGAUUUGACAACGGAGAGAUUGGAAUCUAUUACUACUACUGAGUCCGAGCUGCCGGAAGAAAGGGAGAAGCCUAUCUCCGUCCCAGAAGAAUCCACCGCCAACUUUGGACCUGAGGAUCCAGAGGAGGCAGAGCCACGAAAAAAGUUCAAGCCGAGGAACAAGUUCCGCCCUGAUGGCAAGCGACGUCAACAACCGAAGCCGCAAAUCGACGCGAACACCGAGGACUACCGAGGAGAAGACCCAGAGGAUUUCCCGGAUGCCGAUCAGGAUGCCCAGGACCAUGAGGAGUUCCAAGGCCACACACCGCGCCCCACUCAAGGGUACGUGCCACCUCAUGCUCCCGCGCUGCAAAUUGGAGUUUUCAGAAAAAUCCCGAAAGCCCCGCAUGAGUAUGACUAUCUUGACCCAAAGCAAAAAGCCGCCUUCAAUAGAUACCACCAAUACAAGAAACUGCAAUCGAGACAUCAGGACGACUACGAUGGCGGGGCAUCAAAUAGCAAUACGCCGGUUGGAGGGCGUGUCAUCUUCUCACAUUCCAAAAAGUUUAGGAAUGACUAUCAGGACUAUGAGCACGAGGAUGAGGAGAACGAGGGACGGAAUUCGGAAGAUCCUCUAGCCGAAAAAUUCGAUACCCCGGACGCACCAUUCCUCCAAGGAGCCUCAGCGGGAGUCCGACGACAAUUUAUGAAAACCUGGGGUGAUAAAGAUAUCGUUUCAGAGCCCCUACGAGCUCAGAAGAUCCAACUUCUCGCCGUAUCCCUGCUGACUGGUAAACAAUUAGAAAAGUACAACGCGUGGGCGACGAAGCGGAGACGAGUCUUGAAGGCCCGAGAACAGGAGCUCUCCGAACUCUCCCCGGCCGCCAAGAGAAUGCUGCGGAGAUUGUCGAAUAGUCACGAUACCCGGAAUAUCAGCAUACACCCGAAGAUUAAGCAGGAGUUGAGGACGUUCAUUGAGCGCCACCGACGACGCGUCGCUGCCAAAGUCAUUCGGGCGGUAGCA